UUUAACAUUUAAUAUUAUGAACAAAUUAAUUGAUAUUACUAAUGGAAAUUAACAUAUAAAUACUUAAAAAUCAGAUGAUGAAUAUGAGGAAUAAUAAAUGCUUUAAACAAAUAAUAUUAACUAUAAUAAUAUUGAGUUUGAUGAAAAUAUACUCAAAAAGAAUAAAAUAAUACCUAUAUUAAGAAAAACUUAUAUUGAAUUUAAUACAUUAAUGAAAUAAUAGACUAUUGAAUUUAUUAACGGGGAAGAUGAAGAAGAUGAAAUCGAAGAAAAGGAAGAAUAAAACAAAAUUAAUAGUAGUAUAGAAGAAGAAGAGAAAAAAAAAGAAUAAGAAUUAAAAUCUAAUGAAAAUUCUAAAUUUGAUAAAUAUAAAACUAAAAGAAAAAACAAUUAAAAAAAUAACAUAUAAGCUAAUAUUGAAUACGAAUAUCCAUUUCCUUAUAAUUAAAGUUUAAAAAAUUAAGAAGAAUAGUUAUUUUUAAUUAGUAUAGAUUAAAAAUUAAAAAAUGAAUAUGAUACUAUGUAGAAAUCAAUAGAAUAAAACUAAAAUAAAAGAAAAGAAAAUAUAAUUUAUCCAUCAAAAAAAAAUGACUUUGAAAUGCUUUCCAUUAAGGCUGAUUCUUAUCCUUUUUUAUAAUUAAGAAUAUUUAUACUUUUCAUAAUUGCGUUAAUUAAAUUUAUUUGUAAUAAAAUAAUUAAGAAUAAGUUAUUUGAUUAUACUAUUCUAUUUAUUAUUAUUUUUAAUUCAGUAAUGCUUGCUUUAGAUGAUCCUACUAAAGAUACAACUGACUACACAUUACUUUUAAUAGAUGAUUUUUUUUUAUGGGCUUAUACUGUUGAAUGCAUUCUAAAAAUACUAGGAAUGGGAUUCUUUUUAAACCCAGGGGCCUAUUUACGUGACGGAUGGAAUAUUUUGGAUUUUUUAAUUGUUGUUACGAGUUUAAUUCCAGUAAUUAUAGGAGGGAAUAGUUCAGUAAAUUUAUCUUCUUUAAGAUCUUUGAGAGUUUUAAGGCCUUUGAGAACUAUAUCAUCUAUAAAGGAGUUAAAAGUAAUUCUUUUAACUUUAUUUAGUGCACUUCCUUAUCUUGGAAACACUUUAAUUAUUUUAAUUUUUUUCUUUCUUAUUUUUGCUAUAGCUGGACUUUAGUUAUUUAUGGGUAUUUUAAAAAAAGAUGUUUUUUUGAAGAUAAUGGGAUUCCGAAUUAUAAUAAUAUAGUUUGUGGGGGAGAAAUGGAAUGUCCUAGUGGGUAAAUUUGUGGAAAAUUAAAUUAAAAUCCAAAUUGGGAUAUAACGAGUUUUGAUAAUAUUUUUAUUUCGUUUUUAAUGGUUUUCUAAUGCGUUACUUUAGAAGGUUGGUCCGAAAUUAUGGUAAUUUAUAUAAUUUAAAUAUGUAAGUCUUAUUUUAUAUUAGUUUUGGAUAUUUGAUGCAUUUUCUAUAUACACAGUUAUUUAUUUUGUUUUAUUAUUAUUUGUAGGAUCUUUUUUUUUACUUAAUUUAACUUUGGCUGUCAUUAAGGCUAAGUUUUCAGAUAAUUAAAAUACCAAAUAACUAUUACAAAGUGAUGAUAAUAAUAAAGAAUAAAUAGAUAUAAAUUAACUUAAAUCUUUUAGAAGAAUGGAAAGAAAUCAUUUUAAAAGAUAAAGAUUAUUAAAAAAAUUAGAAAUUAAAGUAAUAUAUAAAUAUAAAUUAAAUAAUGUAUAAAUAUAUAUUUAUAUAUUUUAUGUAUAAAUAUAUAUUUAUAUAAUAAUAUAUUUAAUUUUAAUUUUUUUAUUAUUUACACAAGUUUGGUGCUUUCAAUGA